AUGCUUCACGAAGCGGUUGGCCCCAACGCGCUCGCUCACAAAGAGCUCUCCGUCAGCGCUGUAACCUUUCUCUCAGUGCUUACCAUCCUCGUCAAAGUCUCCUGUAGCCAGUUGCCUUGGUACUUUCGCGCCUGGGCCGGCUGUUACCUCUUCGGCUGGCUUACGGUACAGGUGCUUCUCAUAAUGUUCCACUUUGGAGGGGACAUUCGUGAUUCGGACUUGGAGACACUAGUGCGAUACGGUCGCUGGUUGAGCAAGCUAGAGGAUUACGAUUCUCUACGCUGGGAGAUUGAUGACACCCGAGGCGGGCUCAAAUUUGUAAUUGGCAUUUUCCUCAUGGUUAUACCCAGGACUAUGGCUGCGGGCAUCGUCGGGUCAUCUCUCGUCAUGCUGAUAGUGGGGGCCAUUAUGGACGUCCUCCAUUCAAUCAAGAAUUCGGCCACCCUGAUUUCGAAGACCAAAACUCUGCCUAUCCUUCUUGGUUGGGUCGCUCUUAACCUAUUAUUUUGGUUCGGAUGGAUUAGCAGCUUUAUCAACUUCAUGGUUAGCCACGAGAGUCUCGACAAGGUACCUCUUUGGACUACAACUCGCCUCACCGAAGAGAGUAUAAUCGCCAUGUGCACUUUCAGGGCUAUCUCCGUGCUCUUCUGCGCGCUCCUUUGGCUGUUUGGCCCUCCGGCGAGUGGAGAAAAGCAACCAGAAUAUGAAGUCAAUAUCGCGGCAGCCUAUGCAAGCGUCAUAUGGUACCUUGACGAAAAGAACCAUAUUAUCAAGGCCUCCGGACCCUAUGAGGGCGGGGAGUAUGGCCGGUUCCAUAGUGACGACACGGGCUCCAAAUCCAGCUCGGGCCUCGCGACUGUACAAGUCGGGUCCGAAGACUCACGAUGCUUUUACAUCAACGAUACAAACCAUCUUAUCCAACAAGCCAACGACACCAACACCCCACUCGGGCCCAAAGUCGCAAAGGGCUCAAGUAUAUACGCCGUGGUCCCCGUCCAGUCAUCAGAUAUUCAUCUUUUCUAUCUCGCCGAAGAUCGAUCUCUUGCAUCCCUGACUUGGCAGGACGGAAAGUGGUCUGAAGUUCUGGAUGUACUGCCGAAUUUUGCUACGGAUCCUACAACCAGAUUUGCUGCGGCGGCCUGGUUAGGCCCCUGGUUUGUGCGCGUGUUUUCCAUCAAUAAGGACCGGUCUAUUACUGAGUGGACUCUCACCGACACUGGGUCUUCGGAGAAUACGACGGAUCGGAUACAGUUGACCAUCGAUGCUGUCGCGGCGGGCCAGCCGGUCGCAGCCUCCAGGAGUGUGGAGGAUAAUAUCAUUAUCUAG